AAGAACGUGGAACGAGGGAAACUGGACGACCCUGCUGCUUUGGAGACCCCAGAGAGCUGUUUUUCUACCAAGACUGGAUCUGCUAGACCCCUUUGCUCCGCGCAAGAGACAGUCGAAAUUCCAAAGGGUGGCAAAAGUAGUGCUAUGUCGUCGCGGGCCUCCCAUGGGGCCGAACAGAUGGCAGACGUCUCGGGCUCCUACGGCUCGCAGGGGGCCCACUGCUCCCCCCGGCACCAGCCCCUGUGGGGGGAGGAGAUGUCUGGAACGCCAGCCCUGCAGAGCGGCCCUUCAGACAGAAACAGAGUUUCUAAAACGUCCCGUCCUAACGAAGCGCAGCCCUGGAACGCAGGCUCAAUUUUCCCCGCGGGCAAGUAUGGAUCCGCCAAUAUGUUCUCUCUCUUUUCCCUGUGCGCUGAAUUGAAAGCUGGGAUCCCGGCUGCGGGGAACAUGAGCGGAGACGCCAAACCAACCCACCUGGGUGAUAGGAAGUUCGAGACGGUGGCUGCAGCCGACGACACCGCCGAGGAGGAAACAGAGGAGGAGGACUGUGACAUCAGACUCCGUCACUGGCACUGUAGAAAGCCAGAGUCCGUCAACCCAGGACGGUCUCCUCCUCAACCCGCCGAGGACGACGACCCCGCUCUGCUAGCCAUGUUCCACGCUGUGGCCAGCAGCCGCCUGGCAGUGCGCAGCCAGCAGAAGGACGAGCCGGACUUCACGCCCGUGCAGAAGCUGGCCAUCUUACGGGAGCUGUACCACGCCAAGCCCCUGGUCUUCCUAGAGCGCUUCCGCACGGCCCUGCAUGAAGAUCACCUCCCCUGCUUCCGCCACCUCUCCGGCAACUACGAGGCGGACUUCUACUGCACCGAGGUGCGCCGGGCAGGCCUGGGCAAAACGCGCCACACCCGGGUGCGGAACAAGCGGUACGCGGCGCUGCAGCAGCUCAUCAGAGGUGGGGAAUACUUCAGCGAUGAGCAGAUGCGCUCCCGGGACCCGCUGCUUUACGAGCAUUACAUCGGGCAGUACCUGAGCGACCAGGAGCUGGAGGAGCUGGGCGGCGGCAAGCUGGAGGCUGCCUGCUCCCUGUCGGGGGUCCUGCUGGACUCCUACCAGGAAGACAUCAUCCAGCGGAGGCUGCAGGUCCAGCAGGAACAGGAAGACGCCUGCCUGGAGGAGGAGGAGGAGGAGGAGGAGACCGACAGUGACAGCGAUCACGAUGAAGCCAUGGCGUCCAACUCCGGCACGGACGACUGGGUGCCCGACACAGAGGAGAAGGCCUUCCUGCGGGAGGAGUUCACCAGCCGCAUGUACCAGCGAUUCCUCGAUGGCAAAGACCGGGAUUUUGACUACAGCGAGGUGGACGAGAACCCGGACUUCGACAACCUGGAUAUCGUGUCCCGGGACGAAGAGGAGCGCUAUUUCGACGGGGAGGAACCGGAGGAGGCCGAUUCGAUGGAAGCCGAGUAGAGGGAUUGGCAGCCUGAGACCGUGGCCCCGACGUGGAGGUGAGGGGCCCACCGGGACGUAACAGGGGGGGCCACACUCGGGUCUCUCUAGCCAGUUUGCGCAACGUUGUUCCCCGUGAGUCGGGCGGCAGUGCCGGACAGGGCUCGGAAGGGCAGAUCCGGAUUGUGGGGAGGGAUAUGGUGGCAAACGCUCGUCUGUAGUGUCUGUAGCGUCUUCUGUACCCCAAGAGCAGCCAGCCCUGGAGUUCCUUUCCAAGCUACUCCCUUGGGGCUAACAGGACGACGGCUGUCCGCCUCCCGGGACGUCUCUCGCCUCUUGCCCAGGAACAUUCCCGCCACGGAGAAGAUGUGCCCUUUAAGGGGGAUUGGCCUCUUCCCCACCUUUCCCUCCCCCAGCGCCGAUCCCUCCGUGGCCUGUAACCAAAGGAGGCAGGGAUGGAUCCCAUCUGGGGAGUCGGGACUGUCAGCAGAAUCCAGUGGAAAAAAUUCUUGCAGGUGUUUUGAGGCCGAAAAUAAAUAAUCUUUUGGGCGAUUGCUAGA